AAUAAAAAGGCAACCAUUGCAACCAUCGAAGUACAGUACGUACUACUUGUACCUCCGCAGCCCGAUAGAGCAAGUUCGAAAUUUCCCAUCGGCAUACCGUACUUCUUUCGUCACCCGAUGUUACACUGAAACAGCAGGAUGCACCCCUUUCGGACCCUGGCACUCGUCGCCAUCACGUUUCCGCUCCUGUGGCACACCGACGAAGCGGCUUCAUCAAGAGAUGCCUCUGGUGGAUCUCGUCUGAUACUGCUGGAUGUGGACAACACUAUAUACCGAGAGGAGUACGCAGGCAUCGAGUCCCAGAUCGUUCAUGGAACGCACUCGUACUGUCGUGAUGUUUUAGGGAUGGACAAGGAGACCGCGGACGAUCUUUACAAACAAUAUGGUUCGACGAUAGAAGGCCUGCGACACACCACCUGGAAGGACCUUUCGGAAGCCGAACUCCGGGAAAAACUGUGGGGAUUCUACCACGCGGUGUACGACGUGGUUGACCCGUCUUCCGUUUUGCGGCCCGAGACGGAUGCCGGCGGCAGCGGCAGCACCGGAUACUCCCACGAUUCCAGGGAAGAAAACAAGAUGGCGCGCCAGCUCCUGAAAUCCAGUCCCCUGCCACUGGCAUGGGCCUCCAAUUCUCCUUCGUGGCACGUCCGUAGGGUGCUCCGUGCGCUGGGUCUGGCAAGGCUAUCGUCGCCGGGAGACCGCGUCAUGUUUACGCCGGAUCGGCUUCCUUGGUAUCCCACGAAGAAUCAACCCGAAGCUUUCUUUGCUUCUUCAAACGACGAGGACGGGGAUGAUUACAGCAGUUGUCUCGACCUAGAGAAAUCCAUCAGCUUUCUAGACGACUCACUUUUCAAUCUAAACCGUGUCCGAGAAGCCUUCCCCCACAUCGUCGAUAGGGUCCACCACAUCAACCGAAAGCACGAGAACGAAAGGGGCGAAAGUUCCAAGCUCGUUGGGAACGGCGAGGAAAAUGUGGUGCAGGCUCUUCUCCAGGACUUCGGAUUGAUCGACCCCGGGUUUCGUCUGUCCCAAACCAAAUACCUUGAAUCCAAAAACAAGGUAGAUAUUAAAUCCCUCAAUGUUGGAAUAUGGAACAAGGUUGUUGGUGAGCUGGAAGAUAAAUUGCUCAAAGGGGUACCGAAUGACGGCAACCAACUCACGAUUGUGGAUCUCGGAGCCGGCCUCCUGUCGAUGCUGGAUCUGCUCCUCCACGGGGACGACGAAAACGGAUUGGCAGCUCUGGUCUCAGCUGCCGAUUCGAAAGUCAACACAAUUCGCUACACCGCGUACGAGUCAAACCAAGAACUCUACGAAUCCUGCAACCAGCGAUUGCUUUCUUGGGGGUUCGGCGUCGUGGAAGACGGGACGAGCGACGCCGUUGACUAUCAAAAAGAGCACAACGGCAAAAUGUUUCGAGUGAGACUAGUUCUUCGUAACUUUGUUGAAGGGGACAGCGGCGAUCUUGCAGAAGGAACAACGCAUCCCGAUUUGAUCAUAGGAUGCUGCUUCGCCGACCUGAUGGAUCCCGAGCAACUCGUUCCAGACCUGAUGCGCUCCUUUGGUCUUGUCAAUUUACCCUCGUCGCUAUCGACCAGAGGGACCUUAAUUUACUUUCCGAUUACCUUUACGGGAACUACACAAUUUCUUCCGCCCGGCCCUUUUGGUUUUCGUUCGGAUGGAAAGACGAUUCCGUCCGACACCGUUGGGUUCCGAUCGUAUUCACGAGCUCUCGACACGGUCCUCGGCCACAACCUAGAUCCGCAUCUACUGCAGGAUAUCAUGGAAGACUAUGGAGCGAAAUUGAUAGAUUUUGGUGCCUCCGAUUGGAAGAUCGAUCCGGAAAAGGAUGCCUAUUUGCACAAAACGAUGCUGUAUUUUUUCGGCAGCACCGGCGGUCCCCAGCUCCUAAAGGAAGGAUGGGAUGCACCGGGGUGGAUCCAACGGGCACGCAACAACCGGCCCGCCAUACGGGUUUCGAACCGAGACUUGCUCUUUCGGGUGUUGCCGGACGGGGAACGCGAUCCCGAUCACAACAUAGAUACCGAGGCGGAAAAGGAGGCUCAACUCUCGGAGAUAUCGUUCACCGCACCAUACCAGGUAACUACGGUACAAAAGGACAUUCCGUCGCAGCUCGGUCCCAGGCAAGUUCUAGGUAAGUCCAUGGUCGGCCUCGAGGAUAAGUUCUCGACACCAUUGACAUUGGCUCAAUCCAAUUUUAUUUAGUUCGUGCCUCCUACUCUUUGAUAAGUUCUGGAACAGAACUCAAGAUCUUCAAGGGCAAUUUCGACGACGACGCGGCCCUCGAUGUCAAUAUCAAGGACAUGGAAGACGAGCGGAUGGCCUACCCCCUUUCGUACGGAUAUUGCUUGGUCGGGGUUGUUGUGGAUUGUGGAAGCGAUGUUUCUCGCAAGGAUUUUGUGGGCAAGAACGUCUUCACCUUCUCUCCGCAUUCCACCCAUGUUGUAACAGACGCCGAUGCGGUGCAGAUUUUGCCCAGUGGGAUCGAUCCAAAAGACGCUAUAUUCAUGCCAUCCGUCGAAACGGCUCUGUCGCUGGUACACGACGCCAACGUAAGAAUCGGAGAAAACGUGGCCGUGUAUGGGCAGGGGUUGAUUGGUCUCCUCGUAACGGCACUUUUGAGCCAAGGGAGGAGCGACGAACCGGGUGGCUGGUUCAAUAGCAUUACCACGUUUGACAUGUUUCCCGACCGUCUUGCUGCUUCGUCGAAAAUGGGAGCCUCCCAAGCCCUUGUUCCGGGAAACAAAGAUCACGAAGGCUUCGAUGUUUCGAUAGAGGUGAGCGGGAAUUUCCGAGCGUUGCAAUCUGCAAUCGAUCAGACACUGAACGGCGGCCGGGUGAUUGUAGGGUCAUGGUACGGCAGCAAGGACGUCUCGCUCAAGCUAGGAAUAGACUUCCAUCGAAGCCACAAGACUAUCCAAACGUCACAAGUCAGUGAGAUCCCGGCAAACUUGUCUCGGUUGUGGAGCAAAGAGAGACGAUUUGCGUACACAUGGGACUUGGUGAAGCAAAUACGGCCUUCUCGAUUGCUAACCAAGAUUAUUUCUUUGGACGAGGCCCAAGAUGCUUACGAAGCCCUAGACAACGGUUCCGAAAUCGCCAUUGCUUUCGAUUAUAAUAGGUAACCUAAGUUUCUUUUUUAGAAUAUACUCGAGCUAAAAUA